CCAGAGCCAACAAUAAACCUGUUCAAGCUAUGGUAGCCAGCAACAGACCUGUUGAGGCUAUGGGAGUAACUGUGCCAAUGCUAGAUGUAUAUGAGCAGUUACAACAGAAAGGGUACAAACCUAUUCUUCCUCGCCCUGUCAGUGUCACUCCUGUUAUGGCCAUCACACCUGUUGGACCCACUAUGUGGCAAAAUGAACCAUCUGCAAAGGGCCCAUGUGGAAUCGCUGUGCAGUCUGGUCUAUCUACAGUUAAUGGGAACACCAGUAUAGGAGCAACAGUAAGUGCAGCACCUUUGGUCACAGCCAGAAGCAAUGAGUUUCGAGAGGUUGGCAUAUCCUUCCAUGUGCCCUCUUUACCGGGAGCAAGAUCACAGCAACAGCUUCAGCUACAAAUUCCACAGCAACAGCAGCAAGUUCCCUAUCCUACCAUCAUUACGAAUCAGCUUAAUCGUCUCACUGUUCAUGGUGAUGUUCAUGUUUCAGCAGAUACUGGAAAUCCUCCUGCACUGGCUUUUCAGGAUCAUGGGAAUUCCUUUGAAAGGGAGAAGCCAGCAGAGGGCAGGAGAGGGAUGUGUGCUUUUGGUGGUGGUCUCAUGUCUAACACAACCAUCACAUCUGCAUCAGCACCAAAUGUUGGCCUAUCGAGGGACAAGGUUCUGUCCUUGAAGCAGCCAGGAACUGCCUUGUCUUCAGAGUUGUUGGUACCACUCGCAGGACUGGCUGAUCAGGGUGCAUCAUGCAUUGGAAGUUCAGCUACUGCCCACUUUCAGGGAACACAGGUACCAGCAACCUUAUUGUCAGAUGGUCUGUUACCAAUAACCACCAGUACCACCACUGGAAAUGCAGUUGUUGUUCAAGCCAGAACUGCAGCUGAAAUAUCGGCAAUUUUACGCAGUGCAACUCCACAACAGGCCCAAGUCUCAGUGUCACAUCGGCCUUUGUCUGCUGAAUCCCCAAGCACAGUUCAAGCAGCUCACACCCUUGCGUCUAUUGCUGUAGUUGGAGCCAUGGGGCACGCAGAAAACAGGCAAGGCACCAAUGAUACUGUGACAAGACCAACAGAACAUGGCGUAAAACGCAAUCUCUGUGCAUCUACAGGACCAGUGCAGAAAAAGGCUCGAUACAACCUGGACAAAUUAAAACACAUGGAUGUGGACAAGUUUCUGUCAGAGGUCGUGCAUAAAAAAUGAUCCUCUAUGGAAUCUUACGAGACAUCAAGUGUCAACUGCUAGAAAUGCUUAUUCUGAGAGUUCAGAGGACAAGUAUUUCGCAUUAUGUAGUGUGACCAUAGUAAUGUCUGCAGACUUUUCAUCUCUAAUUAUGAACACAGACACCUGUUUGCUAAAUUCAACAUAAGCAGAAGAUACUUGGUGAUGAAGGCCACGACAUCUUCUGUCCUCAGUACUUUAUGGCUGGCACUUAUGAUUCUCAAUUGAUCCAGCAAGUGGCAUGGGUGUGAUUAGUGCAAAAUGGUGAUAAAAGGACACCAACGUGUACUUAAAUUAUGCAUAUGCAAAAUGUGCCAAAAAGAGGUACCGACAAGAUUGUUAAAGUAUUGAAUAGUGUGUGGCUUUUAAUCUAAAGCAAUACAGGUCUUUAUAGUAUGUGGCUCAAGUCCUUCUAAAACAGAUGAUGUAGAAUAUUGCCAAAUAUAUAACCAAUUUGACUAACUUAUUAUGGAGUAAUGGAUGGCAUGCCAGGCUGUGUCCAUCUGAAAACUGUAAGGUAAGACUGUAAUCAAAUGGUGUGAAAUUCCUGAAUGCAGCUGAAUGUUGAAUGAAUGAUGGUCUGUCACUCACUCACCUGUAGCUUAUAAGGACAGUUACACUUCAUUCCCAGGUAAGCACAUGCACUGAUAAAACACUCUCUUUAUUUGCAGCAUCAACCAUCCUUUAAUUUCUGCUCCCCGGCAUACAUGCUUUUUUUCCAGUUUUUCUGUGAACCUACUGACACUGUUCUGGUAGCUAGCCCAGGUAGAGAUCGUGAAAGUCUACUUGAUUGAAAUGGCUUGAAGGGUAGUGUGCAGUACAACUCUGAUUAGCACUGAAAAUAUAAGCUUGACAUUUACACAUAGAUUUUAAGUGUUUUUCACUUGUUUUGUAUUUGCUGAUGCCAGGUUUAAAAAAUUUAGUGUGGAGAAAGGGUUAACAGAGUUAAUCCAUGGUUUUUUCGUGUAUAGCAUUCAAGCAAAUGGACUAUUAUUUUAACCUUGUUUUCUUGCAAUGGCUUCUUACAAGCUGUUAAGUAGCUGAAGGGAGUUUUCUUUUUGCAUUUGAUACGAGUGUACAUGCAUUAGGUAUUGGUCAGUCCAGUUUGCAGAUGGAGUAGAAUGGUUAUGGGAGUUCAGUUUAAAAGGAGGAAAUUGUCUUGCUUAUGCUACUACUGAGAGUUAAUCUUUCUUGGUGGUUAUUUUCUGUCGAGUACAUGAGGAUUUUUCCAGUGGCCAGACUCUAUGUACUAGUAUUAAUCAUCCUUGAUUUUCAGGAGGCUAAAGUUCACUUAAGUUGACUGCCUAUGCAAGUUUUCUUGCACGAUAUACAUGUGCUCCAGUCCAACUUACGGGAGUUUUUGGUAUUAGAUCAGCUGUUUGGGUGAACACCUCCUAGUGAUCUAGGGAUGAUUUAAUCUAAAUACCUAAAACUAUUUCCAAGUGAUUUGCUUUGAUCACACAUUCCUAAUGAUUUUGUAGUUCUGCAGCACAAAAUCUGUGAACAGAUGCUAUAUUGACGAUUGAAUUUAGUUUUUUUAGGCAAAUGUUUCAGAGUCGUGUGAAGUGUGGUCAUUGUGAGCUUUAUCUCUCAAAAAGAAUGACAUUGAAUAACAUUAGGAACUGCUCUAAUGCCUUUGGUUACUGUCUGAAUGCUAUAAUGAGAGAUUCUGUGGCCAAAACAAAGUCUUUAUCAAAGUUUUUUCUCCCUUCCCUCAUGAUUCCCAUGAACUUGUGAAUUUUCCACUGUGAUGCAUUUCUUAUUCAAGUCCUGGCUUGUUUUGACAUCCAGUUACUUUGUCAUCAUUCACUACAAUGUGUUGCAUUUACAAACAUGUAUAUAAUUGCUGUAAUGCCCAUUCUGUUGCUGAAAAUGUCAAGUUAAUCAAUCAUAUUUGUUCAAAAUAAUCAAGAUGAAUGUUUCUUGAUCCAGUUAUUUGUUGACACUGCAUUCUUAUAAAUCUUAUUAAAAAGGUUUCUUCUUUUUUCA